CUUCGGUCAUAUCAACUCCUUUACAAAAAAGAAGUAAUAUCGAUUGGGAACCACAACAAUUUAAAUGUGAUGUUACAAGUGAUGAUCUUAAUUCUAUUGUUAAAUGGACAGUCACCGACAAACUUAAUUGUAAUCUUGAUGAUCCUAGCUGCGAUAAUUUUCCUGCGCCAACCAUUUGUGCAAAGCCAAGGCAACAUAUUCAAAUUUUAGUAACAAAUAAUCUUAGUGAACCGACUACAAUCCAUUGGCAUGGGCUUCUUAUGAGGAUUGUGGAAAACACACCGUUUUCAGACGGAGUUCCAGCCAUAACUCAAUGUCCAAUUCAACCUGGUGAAUCAUUUUUAUACGAUUUUUGGGCGAAUAAUGAUCCUGCCGAAGAAUUAUUGGAGGACUACAUAAAUUUGCCCAACACUACAGGCUAUCAGUACCAAAGCGCACUUUACGAGGUUGAAGGGCAUUACGUCGAGCACAAUCAAUCACAAUGGGUCCAGCGUGUACCUAUUCAUGUUGGGCAAAGAUAUUCGGUGAUUGCUCACAAAACUCCAGAAGCACUGGAACAGAAUAUAACUAACUUUUGGUUGCGUGUGGAGGCAAAUCCCGAGUGCAUUCGGUAUAAUACACCUUGUGGUGAAAAGAUACAACUAGUUAAAACGAUUAGAUCGAUAGUUAGUUAUGAUUCUUCUGUAGAAGAACCAAGCACAGAACCAUGGUCUGAACUGUUGACAAACUGUGUUGACUUAGAUCUGAAUUUAUUGUCACCAUUACCGUCAAAAGAUUCACCAAAUACAAUUCCUGAUAAAAUUUUUAAUAUUAGUUUGAAAGUUACCAUGUUUACAGAUAUAGUAAGCCAAACCACUGUCGGGGAAGUAUAUGCCGGCUCCGAU